UGAACAUCGGCCCCUUCACGCUGUAACACUUACUCUUUGCUCCUUUGGCAAUGCUCAAGUUAAUGCUUAAUCUAAGUGCAGACCCUCAAUUGCUAAGGCCAAGCCCUGUUUAUGAGAGGGAGGUUACUUGGACUCGAACAGAUCAGUCAUUGCAGACCAAAGGCAUACAAGCUCAGGGACGCCAUCAGAUUCAUCUCUACCAGUCAAGCAACUGGACCUUCAGGACUGACAGGAGGAAGCAGCCACCUCUUUCGGCAUGAAAGAUUCCUUUACAUCCAAGGCACUCGCCACUGCCUUUGUCAUCCUGACCAUCUCUGUCAUUGCUGGCAUUGUCACCAUGACCAUUCUGUACAAGACUGAGAUCUCUAAAUUGAAUCCGACGCCCCGUCCAACCUUCCCGUCCACCACAACAGGACCACCACCUGUCAUGCGGCUGCCAAAGAAUCUCAUACCUCAGAGCUACAAGGUCUUCCUCCAGCCUCACCUCUACACCCAAAUCAUCGAGAAGAUAAAUGUGACCAGUCCCAAUCAGACAAUGCUCUUCACCGGAAACUCUACGGUUAACUUUCACUGCGUCCAGAGGACUAGCACAAUCUACCUUAACAGCAAGGACCUGGCUGUUUCUGAUCCAGCGGUGAUGGACAAAAACACAAAUGAGAUGAUAAGUGUUUCCGAGCUGAAAUACCACGAAGACGAAAGUAACUUCCUCGAGAUCCAGUUGAAUAAUGCCUUGGAGGCAGGCCGUAACUACAGUUUGUUUCUGGCUUUCAAGGGAGAGAUAUCAGAAAAUCUUGAUGCACUGUAUGUAAGCACAUAUAUUGAAGGUGACCCAGAUUAUGAAGGGGAUCAAAAUUCAGAGAGGUAAGUAAAAAAGUGUUUCAUGUGUAGAACUUGUGAUUAUAGUGCCUUUCAAAGUAUUCUGAUGGCUUACAUUUUUGUAACAAUUAAGGCUCGAGCUAUUCUAUAGCUUAAUCCACUUGUUGCGAUCAAUAGCUAUGGCAGC